AUGGCACCGAUCAGAGUGUUCCUGCGGGAUUCUCCUCAAAGAGCGAUUGCACUGGCGACUGAGAGCCAUGUCCUGAUCUUCAGGCACAGCAAUUCGACGCAGACAGCGCAAAGAUCGACGCUUUCAAUUGAUGAGGGAGCAGCGCCGAAAUGUGUUGUUGAGUUCUCACCCUGGGAGGGUCAAGAUAUGCAUGGCUAUCGAGCUUUAUCUUCCGUGUCUCCUAGUGGCCGCUCCGCUCAAGGCACCCUAGGCUUGGUCACCAUCGAAAAUGAUGUCUUCCUGUGUGUUGUGAACGGUUCUUCCAGGGUGGCCACUGUACGGUCUGGAGAGACGAUCCAACGAAUUCAGUCGGUCGAGUUUCAUUGUCUCAACAGGUCGGAUUACGACCAUCUUCUCCACGAUCAAGUCAAUCCCUUCCCAACCGACCACCUCGAUGCUGACGGAUAUGAUCAAAAUGGACAUCGGGAACACAUACAAGAGCAUCCUUGCCUUGCCCUGAAGAAACUUUUGAGUGGAGGUAGCUUCUACUAUAGCACGGACUUUGAUUUGACUAAGCGUCUACAAGACCGGCCGUCUGGCAGCAGCGCCACCGUCGCUAUAGAUAGUCUUGACGCUGGCUUCUUAUGGAACUCAUACAUGAUUCAGCCCUUGGUCGACUUCCGGUCUAGGCUUUCUCCAAAGGAGCGAAAUGUGUUAGACGAAUCGCGGAUCUUGACCUCUGCAAUACGAGGGUUUGCAGCCACAGUCACAAUACCAGCUGCUUCUUCGCCUGCAAGGAUGCGAUCGGCCGGAAUGCCCUCGAAUAUGACGCUGAUCUCUCGAUUAUCAUGUCGAAGAGCCGGCACACGUUUCAACGCAAGAGGUAUUGACGACGACGGAAAUGUGGCAAACUUCGUCGAGACUGAAACUAUCUUUUGUACCGAUAAUUUAUGCUUCUCGUACGUGCAGUGUCGAGGGAGCAUUCCCAUUUUCUGGGAACAGACGUCUGGACUUCCUGGUCAACAGAAGAUCACUAUCACGCGAUCCGUGGAGGCCACGCAACCUGCUUUCGACAAGCACUUUGAGACUCUGAGCGAAGUCUAUGGCGACAUCUUUGUCGUCAACUUGCUGAGCGAGGAGAAACCAAAUGAAGUACAGCUGACUCGUCAAUACAUGCACCACAUUGGGCAUAGCUCGCUCAACCAUCAACAGUCGUCUGCGGAUACCAGCGAUUACGGGCACAAGCAUCUAGACCAUCUCAAUUAUGACUUCCACGCAGAAACACGAGCAGGUGGAUAUGAAGCUGCGAGCGGUAUCAGACGAUAUAUCGAGAGGGCUGCACUGGCAUUUGAUUUCCUGCUUACCGAAUCAACUAAGGAGACAGUUCAUACAGAUGGCGUACAGCAUUCUUUGUACGGACAGAACGAUGUGUUGAAGCAGUCCGGCAUAUUCCGGACGAAUUGUCUCGAUUGUUUGGAUCGUACGAACUUGGUGCAGACCAUAAUCUCGCAGAUUGCCUUCGAGAUCUUCCUGAAUCAACAAGGCGAGAGUCGUCCUGCUUCUGAUUUUUGGGCCCGCCAUGGCAUGCUUUGGGCAGACUGCGGCGAUGCUUUGUCCAAGAUCUAUGCCGGCACUGGCGCUUUAAAGUCCUCUUUUACUCGCUCUGGGAAAAUGUCUAUCGCUGGUGCAUUGGCAGACUUGCGGAAAUCGACUCAACGACUGUACAUCAACAACUUCGAAGACAAGGGAAGGCAGACGACGAUGGAUAUGCUUCUUGGACGUCAAAUGGGCCAAACACCUGUGCAUCUCUUUGACCCGAUCAAUGACUGGGUCGGCGCGGAACUCAGCAAGCGCUCCGCUGACUACACCAGUAUGGAGAAUAUCAAUAUCUGGACGGGCACCUUCAACCUCAACGGCAAGACCGGUGGUUACGAAGAUCUGUCUAGCUGGUUGUGUCCCGAUGUCGAGAAAACUCGGCGCGUCCCCGAGAUCGUGGCAGUCGCGUUCCAAGAAAUCGUAGUGUUGGACGUGCAACAGAUCAUGUCGACAGACCCAUCGCGUCGGCAACAAUGGGAGAAGGUUGUCAAACAGACCCUCAAUGCGAAUGCUCAGAAAUACGCCGGUGAGGACUAUGUAAUGUUAAGAGGUGGUCAAUUGGUAGGCGCAUCCCUUUCUGUGUUCGUGCGGGCCAGUGCAUUGCCAUAUAUCAAAAAUGUCGAAGGUGCGGUCAAAAAGACAGGUAUGAGUGGUAUGGCAGGGAAUAAAGGUGCCGUCGCGAUCAGAAUGGACUACGCUGACACCUCCAUCUGCCUCGUUACGGCUCACUUGGCUGCUGGAUUUGGCAACUACGAUGAACGAAAUCAAGACUAUCGUACCAUUUCCAGCGGCCUUCGCUUUCAGAGAAAUCGAUCUAUAGAAGAUCACAACACCAUCAUUUGGUUUGGAGACUUCAAUUACCGCAUUGGGAUGGACAACGAGAGGACAAGACAGCUGAUCAAGAAGCGUGACCUGGGCACACUUUACGAAAAUGAUCAGCUCAACCUUCAAAUGGUACACGGAAAGUGCUUUCCUCACUAUUCGGAACAGGUGCCUACAUUCUUGCCAACAUACAAAUACAAUGUUGGUACAGAUGAGUAUGAUACGUCAGAGAAAAACCGUAUCCCGGCCUGGUGCGAUCGCAUCUUGACUCGUGCCAAUAAUCUCAAGCAACUCCACUAUGACACUGCCCCGUUGAGGUUCUCCGAUCAUCGACCGGUCUGGGGCCUAUUCGAGUGUACCGUCUCUGUCAUCGCACAGGCAAAGAAAGACCAGAUACGAAGUCAACUUUACGCAAAGCGCCGAGCAGCUGUUGGCUCACAUCCAACAGGCGAUGAGGUCGACAGUGAUGAUGAGUCGCUCUUGGGCUACGAGGCGAUUGAACCGGGCUUACCGCCUGCGAGCUCAGACAAGCGGAAAUGGUGGCUUGAAAACGGGAUGCCUGCGAGAUCCACAGUGCAACCCCCCUCUGGCCACGGACUGAAUCCCACAAGACCAGCGAACCCUUUUCGUACGGUGACCGGUGAACCCGACUGGAUCAAGGUCGACUCACCAGCAAAUAUCACAAAGUCUACAUUGGUUGACAUCCUCGGCUCAGAGCAGGACGACAGGGCAUCGUUGGACACAUCACGUGGAAUCCCAACGCGCAAAGCAGUACCGCCAUCCGCACGCUUGGGUGACGAGCAGUCUCCGCCGCCGAAGCCGUCACGAACUCAGACUCAAUCUCGUGGCUCUUUCGAGCCAUACUCGGACGAUCCAACGCGAGUGCAGCUGAAGCAGACACUUCGAAAGCCGGCUCCACCUAAACCAAAUAAACCGACACUCCUUCGAUCUGAAAGUCAACAAUCUGCAGCUCCCCCGUCACCGAGGAACGUGCCGGCUCCUCCAGAACCACGGAGGUCGCAGGCGACCACGCGUGGUGUUAACUCCAACACGACGUCGGAGCCGGAGCCACCCUCGCUGCCGAAGCGGCCGCCGACCGGCCUGAUGGAUGAUGAUCACCAUGAAAGCGAUACAGGCAUGAGUAGUUGGAAGCCAUUGAUGCCUUCAUGA